AUGAUUGAAACAGAGGUACUGUGCUUAAUGAAUGAACUGUUGGACAGAUGUGAACUGAUGCUGGAUAUAAAUACUUCUGAGACAACAAAAUUGUCUCAAAAACAAAACAGUAAUUCUUCUUCGCUCUUUGGAGAACAAGUUGCUGAAGAUGCACAGUCACCUGACAUACCUGAAAAUCUUGCUGAAAUAAUUCAAGAUGAAUCAAAUGAAACUGAAUUAAUAUCAUAUCGUCUGUGUGAAGCACCAUUAUUCUCAGACUCUGAGGAUGAAAGCUCCAAAAUUCUUGUAGAGGAAAUUAAUAAUAAAUCAGAAAAUUUGAAGUUAUCAACACACAUACAAUCAUACAAUACAGGUAAUUUUCCUUCACUAAAACUUGCUUAUGAACUUAUUCAUAAUAAUUUUUCUCCGAUCUCAAAUUUUAAAGAAGUUUCCUCAGAAAGUGAUCUGUUGAAUCUUCCUCAUCUUGUAGAGGUUAAAAUUAGUGAUGUACAGGAAAUAAAAGGAAAAAUGUUGGAUAACCAUGAAAAUGAUUGGAAUGGUUAUAAAAAGUUUAGUAAAAGUAAUUCAAAUUUACUUGUUGUAGAACAAGUUACUGAAGAUCAUGCACAGUUAUCUGACAUACCUGUUAAUGUUGCUGAAGUAAUUGAAGAUGACUCAAAAUCUUACAUUCUUCAGAAAGAACAAUUAUUUUCAGACUCUGAGGAUGAAAGCUCCAAAAUUAUCAAAGAGCAAAUUAAUGAUGAAUUUGAAAACUUGAAUGUUUCCCAGAUCUCAAAUUUUAAAGAAGUUUGCUCAGAAAGUGAUCAGUUGAAUUCUUCUGUUCACGAAGAGGCUGAAAUCAGUAAUAUUCAGGAAAUCAAUGGAAAAAAGUUGAAGAACCAUGAAAAUGAUUGGAAUGGUUAUAAUCAUCGCAGUUUACCAGAAGAGGCUAUAAAAAUAAUUUUGCCAGAUGUACAAAAUGCUAUCAAACUGUGUACUACUGGUAAUUCAAAUACAAGUAAUAAGAAUAUUGAUUUAUUAGGUCAAGUGAAAAGUGAUUACUCAGUGAAGGCAUUAGUUCCAAAAACAGACUGUUGGGAUAUAGCAUCAGAAAUACAAUCAGAAACACAGCAGGGAAAUAUUAACCUACCAAAUUUACCCUCAAAUAUCAAUGGAAUGGAUACAAAAGACUUUGUGGAAAAUGCUAAACUACUGGUAGAUACAGCUACUGCUCAAGAAAUAUGCGAUCCAGUUGACACUGAUCAUUAUUCAAAUGAAAGCAGUAAUUUUGAAGAAGUUUUUUCUAAAACUUUUAGUGUAAAUACCAUAAUUGAUGGUUAUUUAGAUGAUGUUCCAACUGAUGUGAGCAGUGAACAAAUAGUUUUAAAUGCCUCAAAUCCAAAUUACUUUUCAUUAUUUGAUAAAAGCAUCACAAAAACUGAAGAAAUAUCUGAAAAUGUGAUAAUGAAUGAUAAACAGGAAUUGGAAGCAAUGAAUGAUGUCAAAAUAUGCAAGUUCUUGAAUGGAACUGAAGUGAAAUUUGAAGACAAUAAAGAACCUCUGAUUAAAUAUGAAAUUGAUACCAAUGCUGAAAAUAUGGAACAAUUGUUUAUUGAUUCACAGAAUGCUGACGCUGAUAGGGGUUGUAAAAUAGAAGAGAUUGAUAUUGAAACCAAGGCAUCUUAUAAUAACCAUAAAACCAAAGUGGUCAGUAGCGAUAAAGGAGAAAAUAAAAAAUGUUUUGAAGCACAGGAAUCACUUGAACAAUUAAAUGAUGAUAUUGGCACUUGGUACCUUAAAGCUGAAGACUGUUGCAAAAUAAAAUUUGCUGAUCAGAAUUUGAAUCUCACUUUAAAUGAAGUUCAAACCACUGAGUGUGAUAAAAGUUUUAUGGAAGAAACUGAAGUGAAUGAAAAAUGUACAAGAGGAGAAAUAAGUAGAGAGAGAAGUAACUGCAAGAAUAUCGAAUGUGCAUGGAAUAAUGCAGAAUGGAAAAUCAAUGAUACUCUAGCAGACAAAGAAAGCUGCACUAAAGUAAAUAGAUGUUCAGAUAUUCAUAGAUCAAAAUCUCAGAUGAAACUCAAUUCAACUGAAAUGUUUCAUAAAAAUGUGGAAAUUUUUCAGGAUAAUGACAGCUCAAUAUUGGAAGAUUCCCUUUAUGAUGAACAGAAAAUAUGCAAUGAGCAACUAUCAACUUUAAUGCAUGAUUCCAAUUUAUGUGAUAAUUUGUUUGUACUACCUUUCAAACAUUUGAGUAAUAGUGAAAAUGAUUCAAAAUUUAUGAAUACAAGUAGUGAUACUAAUAUUCAGAAUUCCCAGGAAUAUAAGCUUAUUCCAUGUGCACAAGCAGUUUUCCAGGAUAUAUCUGUUAUAAAUAGUUCAGGAGAAUUGGAGUCAGGUGAUCAAGUACAAGAGAAUAAAUCCAAAGAAUUAUUUAACGAUUCGUUUAAAUCGCCAUCAUACCACAUCUCCCAGGUUGCCAAAGAGGCCACCAAUAGAGAAACUACGGUUGUUAAAUCAGAUGUUUAUAGAAGUAAAGUUGAAACACCUGAUGUCUAUAUUGACCUUGAGGAAGACCUGGAAGAUAUUCUCAUGUAUCCAGCAACGCAAUGUUUCAAACCAUCCAUUCGACCAUCAGAAGUCAUUGGUGACAGAGCAGAAACAAAUAAAGCUUACCAAUCUGAUAAUAUGAAUGUAUUUGAGUUGGAUGAUGUGAAAGUACCAGAUAUUUAUCAUAAAAGAAAUAUAUCACAAGUUUAUUUAAGAAAUCAAGAUGCUUCAGAGAUAAAGAAAUCAAGAAAAGGAAAUAGUCAAAUAUCAAAUCCAUGCUUCAAGUGGAAUCAGACAGUGCCUAUUUCUGCAGAUAUCAAAGGUGAAGAGGUUAUCAGUAUGAAACCAAUGGUGACAUGUUCACGUCCUCUUAGACUUGGUUUAUCAAAGAAACAAAAGACAAAAACUCUGCAUAGAAAUUAA